AUGGCCGAGGAUAAGAACAUUCAUGACAAGACCGAUGUCGAGCGGGCAUCCUUCGACACGGACUCGCUGGGAAAGGGAGAUCUGCUGUCGUUGGAGCAUACAGACCCUGUGCUAAAUGCCAAGAUGCACAUGGUCAACAAUGCCAUCGACGAGAUUGGCUUUACGCGAUAUCACUGGAAGCUAUUUGUGCUGAAUGGCUUUGGAUACGCAGUAGACUCUUUGAUCCUUCUCCUCCAAGGAAUUACCGCCGGCCAAGCAGUGCUCGAGUUCAGGCCCUCUUUCAUCCGCGGCCUGACCAUUGCCGUAUAUGUUGGUAUGUUGGUCGGCGCACUUUUCUGGGGCCUAUCAGCAGACAUCAUUGGCCGCAAAUGGGCAUUCAAUUGCUCGCUGAUGAUAUGCUCCAUCUUUGCCAUCGUCGCCGGCGCUUCACCCAACUGGAUCGUACUCGGUCUUUUCGUCUGCCUCAGUGCUUUUGGAGCAGGCGGGAACCUGGUGCUGGAUACUGCGGUCUUCUUGGAAUACCUACCUAGCAAAAAGCAAUGGCUCCUGACACUGAUGGCUGGGUGGUGGGGGCUCGGUCAACUCGUUGCAGGCCUUGUUGCAUGGGCUUUCCUACCCAAGUACAGCUGCCAGGAUCCCAGCCUUUUCCCAAAUGCCGAACCCUGCACGUACGGAAACAACAAGGGUUGGCGCUAUGUCUGGUACACGUGCGGCGCACUCGUCUUUGUCAUGUCUAUACUCCGUCUCACAAUCAUUCGCCUCAAGGAGACGCCGAAAUUCCUCGUCGGUGAAGGAAAGGAUGCCCAAGUCGCCGAGGUGCUGCAGGGUAUCGCCAAGAAGUACAACCGACCUUGCUCACUAACCUUUGAGGCGCUCCAGGCAUGUGGUCAGACGAACAUGGGUUCUCCAAGACGCGGCUCAGUCUCACACGCAAAGACUCGUUUCUCAUUCGGCGAAGUCUAUGUCCAUCUCCAGGGCCUCUUUGCGACCAGGCGCAUCGCCAUCUCUACCAGCCUGAUCUGGUUUUCCUGGCUCUGCAUUGGUCUGGCCUAUCCUCUAUACAAUGUUUUCCUACCAUCCUACCUUGCGUCGCGCGGAGCUUCAUUUGGCGAGCUCAGCCCGUCCGUUACAUGGAGAAACUACAGCAUUGCCAACCUCUGCAGCAUCUUCGGGCCAGUUCUCGCCGGCUACAUGUGCGCCACCCGGCUGGGUAGGAAAUACACGAUGGUGAUUGGCGCGCUGGUCACCAUGGUUUUCUUCUUCGCCUACACACAGGUCCGCAACAACGCGCAAAACCUCGGCUUCAACUGCGCAAUCAGUUUCUGCCUCAACAUCUACUACGGCACGCUCUACGCCUACACGCCCGAGGUGCUGCCCUCGGCCCACCGCGGCACCGGCAACGGCAUCUCCAUCGGGCUGAAUCGCAUCAUGGGGAUCCUGAGCGCCGUCAUUGCUACGGUUGCGGACACGAAUACGCCCGUACCGAUUUACAUCUGCGCGGCGCUGUAUAUCGUUAUGGCGGCGGUGGCGGCGGCGUUUCCUUUUGAGCCGUUUGGGAAACGAAGCUCGUGA